UAUCUUAGUAGUUGAAUGAGGCACAUUAGAAAUUUGUAUUUUAAAACGUUUUUGAAAAUGGAUGGAAAUAAAUUAAAAAAUAAAAUAGCUUUAGUAACUGGAGCAAGUGUUGGAAUAGGUGCUGAAAUCACAAAAAGUUUAGCAAAUUUGGGAAUGAUUGUAAUUGGAAUAGCAAGACGUGAUCAACUUGUUGAAAAAUUAAAUGAAGAAAUUGAAAAUAGUGGAAAAAUAAUUGCAAGAAAAUGUGAUGUUACAAAUUCAGAUGAAGUAAUAAAUACAUUUAAAUGGAUACAAGAAACAUUUGGAGAAUUAAAUGUUUUUGUUAAUAAUGCUGGAAUGAUUAAAGCUUCUUUUCUUAUGAAUACUAAUACUGAGGAUAUAAAACAAUUAUUCGAUUUAAAUGUUGUUUCAAGUUGUGUUUGCACAAAAGAAGCCUUAUUAAUGAUGCAAAAAAAUCAAACAAAAGGUCAUAUCAUAUUGAUAAAUAGUGUUCUAGGUCAUCGAAUUCCAGAUGUUCCUGUUCCGUUAUUUAGUGUGUAUCCUUCUACAAAGUUUGCAUUAACAGCAUUAUGUCAGACAAUAAAACAGGAAAUCAAUUAUCAUAAAUUAAGUGUAAAAUUAACGAGUAUUAAUCCUGGAAUGGUAGAUACAGAUUUUCUUAAAGUUUAUCAAUGCUAUGAUAAAUUCCCAAAGUUAAAACCUGAAAAUGUAGCCCAAGCUGUUGUUUUUGCCCUUCAAACUCCAGAUAACGUUCAGAUUGAUGAUAUAACACUUCAAGCAACAAUGUAUUAGUAAAAACAAAACAUCACAAUAAAACAUAGUAAGAAAUAC